AUGGCAUUCCUCACCUUCUCUACUCGGGAUUACUUCUUUAAAUCCGAGGAUGAUCCCGAUCUCAUCGUGGAGAUGUUGGAAGAACGGCGUCGCAAAGGAAUCAAUGAUUCCCCAAAGAGUUUGGACUCCUCCAUGGAAAGCGGCAUGUUGGACCUGGUUGGAGGCCAUGAGCUGUGGACUGUCGGUGUAUUCAAUGAACCCCAGAAAGAGGUAUUCCUCCUCGUCGUCAUGGUGGGCGUUUAUGCACUCGAUCAGACUUUUCGUAUAGAAGAGGAGAUCGGCGACGUCGGUUUCCUUUGUUACGUCGGGGGAUUGCUGGUACAUGCUGUUCAUGGAGCGGAUGGGCAGGUUAUGGACGUGACCCAUGUCCGUCGCCAUGAAGAUGGAAAAGUGGGAGUUUUCUAA